AUGUCCCUCGAUGAACCUCUAAUUAAGCUUUCCAUGCCAGAAUGGUCGCAUGAGCAGAAACUAGCAGUUGCCAGAGUGUCAGCACAGGCAUUAACACAAAGCGCGCCUAUUCUCGGAGAAAGUUGGUCUUGCCAAUGGUGGGAAGACGUGAUCACCUAUUUAAGCGUGUCGCAACAAGAGCUUGAAUCACGGGUGCUUCACUCUCAACAAGCUGUUGAAAUCUUGUCAACGGAGAGUCGAGAUAUCCGUAUUGAAGUACUUAUAGAUAUUUUAGCUCUUGCUCUUCAAAUAAACAAUGAAAAAAAAGGAAAGGUCAUGUUGUAUGAUGCAAGAUCAAGAAGAUUCCUGGUUCAUUUAGAGAAACUUAUGGACCUGUCUCGUGGUGACUUGGCUUCUGUCGAAAAAAGUAUUUCUCAGCAAAUGUAUUAUGCUCUUUUGGAGACAAAAGAAGUUGAGGACGAGUCUACUAUGCAACAGAAUAUGGAUAUAUCGGCGAGGAAAGCUAUCACUGAUACCAACAAGAAGAAAAGCACCUUUAAAUGGCUCGCUACAGGCGCUGGUAUUAUUGGCGGUGGCGCACUUAUCGCUUUGACAGGUGGUCUAGCGGCACCACUAUUGGCUCCCUUAUUAGUUGGCGUUACGGGAGCUACUUUUUUUGCCACGGCUGGUGGUGUUGCAUUAGUCACCAGUCUAUUUGGUCUAACCGGUGGUGGUUUAGCAGGCUGGAAAAUGCACAGACGUAUGAGAGGCAUUGAAGAGUUUGAAUUUAAACAGAUUUUAAAUGAUCCAGAUUUACCUCCCGUACCUGCACUUCAUUGCACUAUCUGUAUUUCGGGCUUUCUUUUGGAGUCAAAGCAAGAGACUAGGACACCUUGGGAGCAUGCAUUUGAAAGAAACAGAAACCACAAUGAUAUAUUUUGCUUGGAAUAUGAAACCGACACUCUUUUAGAACUUGGGUAUUCUUUCAGAAAAUUUGUCAGAGAUUCUGCAGUGAACUAUGCAGGCAUGGAAGUAGCAAAGGCAACUGUACUCAGUGCAUUUUUUGCUGCUGUCGUUUUACCUGCAACCCUUUUAAAGUUUGCUGAUGUCAUUGAUAACCCUUGGCAUCUGGCGGUUGAUCGAUCAAAGAAAGCAGGUGUUGUAUUGGCUGAUGUAUUAGAAGAGAGAGUUCAAGGAAACAGACCAUGUAAUCUGGUUGCAUACAGCUGCGGAUGUCUUGUUAUUUGGCAUUGCUUAAAAGAGUUGGAUAGAAGAGGAUUACAUGGACUUGUGUACAAUGUGGUAUUUAUGGGAGCUCCUAUCUCUACCGAGGAUACUUCGGAAUGGCAUAAAGCUGCGAGCGUAGUUUCUGGUCGAUUCGUUAAUUGUUACACACCAAACGAUUGGGUGUUGGCAUAUGUUUACCGUUUACUUUCUUUAGAGACAAGUGUUGCAGGUCUAGAACCUGUCAAAAAUGUCAAAAGAAUUGAAAAUAUGGAAGUAGAGUUGGAAGGUCAUACGAAAUACCCAUAUACCAUAAAGGAGAUUAUGGAUCAAAUUCAACUCGAGUAA